AGCCCAGGGCCCAGCAUGCCGUGCCCCACUCUCAGGACGUGUCUCUGGCUCCUCAUCCUCACUGGUCUGCUGGAGGUGACGUCUGGGGACCGCAGGCUGCACAUCGAACCCAGGGACACUGAGCUUGUCCUCAGCCCCCACAGCACCUUCUCCCUCCUGUGCUAUGGGGACAGAGAGCUGGUCUGGGAACGGGAGGGGCAGCCCCUCGCUGCCUCGCUGGAGCACAGGGACGGUGUGUUUGUCAGCAACCUCACCCUCAGGAACGUGACAGGCCAUCACACCGGGGAGUACACCUGCACCUACAGCCCUGAGCAGGCUCCAGAGCCAGCAGACAGGAGAGCCCUCUACAUCUACGUUCCAGAUCCCUCCCUGGUUUUCCUCCCUGCAGUCACCUCUGAAGAGGUCUUCAUCUUCAUCACGGGCUACACAGAGGCUGUCAUCCCAUGCCGUGUGACCAACCCACAGAUGCAGGUCACCCUCUAUGAGAAGAAGGUGGAGAACCCCAUCCCAGCUACAUAUGAUCCACAACAGGGAUUUAAAGGCUUCUUUGAGGAUAAAACCUAUUUCUGCCGGACAUUUGUGGAUGACCAGGAGGUGGAUUCUGACACUUUCUAUGUCUACAGGAUCCAGGUGUCAUCUGUGAAUGUGUCCAUCAGUGCAGUGCAGACCAUGGUGCGCCAGGGGGAAAACGUCACCGUCAUGUGCACCGUGAGUGGCAACGAGCUGGUCAACUUCAACUGGGAUUAUCCCCGCAAGCAGGCAGGGAAGGCUGUGGAGCCAGUGACUGACUUCCUGCCUGGAUCCACUCAUGAGAUCCGCUCCAUCCUCAUCAUCCAGAAUGCAGAGCUGGAGGACAGUGGGACCUAUGUCUGCAAUGUCUCUGAGGGCUACCAUGAGAAGACAGACAGGAAGGACAUCACUGUCCAAGUGAUCGAGCAUGGCUUUGUGCACUUCCACACCCACCUGCCCAGCACGGUGUAUGCUGAGGUCCACAAGAGCCACACUAUCCAGGUGGAAGUGGAGGCUUAUCCCCAACCCAGCAUUGUGUGGCUGAAGAACAACAAGACAUUGACCAUGGAGAGCAGCAGCGAGUUCACCAUCACCAGCAGGAACCUGUCAGAAACCAGGUACCAGACAGCUCUGGUGCUGGUGCGGGUGAAGCAGGAAGAAGGAGGAUUUUACACCAUUCGGGUUUCCAAUGAGGAUGAUGAGCAGGAGAUCUCCUUCCAUCUGCAGAUAAACGUGCCAGCUAAAGUGGUGGAGCUCAAGGAGAACAGCAGUGCCAGCAAUGGGGAGCAGACUGUAACAUGCUCUGCUGAAGGCAUGCCCCAACCAGAGAUCAGCUGGUCUACUUGCAGUGACAUCAAAUGGUGCAGCACCAAGGGCCAGCCCAGGCGGCUGCUGGGGAACGAGUCGGCCGAGAUGGGUGUGCAGACCAACGCCUCGUACCAGGCGGAGCGGCAGCUCUACCGCGUCAACAGCACCCUGCAGCUGCACAGGGUGCACGAGCCCCUGCUCCUCAGGUGCACCGUGCACAACUUCCUGGGCACCAGCUCCCAGGACAUCACUCUGGUGCCACACGCCUUGCCAUUCAAGGUGGUCAUCAUUUCUGUCAUCCUGGCCCUGCUGGUCCUCACUGUGAUCUCCUUGAUCAUCCUGAUUGUGCUGUGGCAGAAGAAACCUCGUUAUGAAAUCCGCUGGAAGGUGAUUGAGUCGGUCAGCUCUGAUGGGCAUGAGUACAUCUAUGUGGAUCCCAUGCAGCUCCCUUAUGACUCCACCUGGGAGGUGCCCAGGGACAAGCUGGUGUUAGGACGCACUCUCGGCUCCGGUGCCUUUGGUCGUGUGGUGGAGGCAACAGCCCAUGGCCUGAGCCAUUCCCGGUCCACCAUGAAGGUGGCAGUCAAAAUGCUCAAGUCCACAGCCCGCAGCAGUGAGAAGCAAGCCCUCAUGUCCGAGCUGAAGAUCAUGAGCCACCUGGGACCUCACCUCAACAUCGUCAACUUGCUGGGGGCCUGCACCAAAGGAGGACCCAUCUACAUCAUCACGGAGUACUGCCGCUACGGGGACCUGGUGGAUUACCUGCACCGCAACAAGCACACCUUCCUGCAGGCCUGCGGGGACAAGGCGCGGCGAGAGGCGGAGCUCUACGGGAACACCCCCAAGGAGGACCCUGUGCACAGCCACCUCUCCAUGUCUGUCGAGAGUGACGGGGGCUACAUGGACAUGAGCAAGGAUGAUUCCCUGGACUAUGUGCCCAUGUCUGACAUGAAGGGUGAAGUCAAGUAUGCUGACAUCGAGUCCUCUAACUAUGGCACCCCCUAUGAGCUGGACAGCUACUCCCCCUCAGCUCCUGAAAGGACAGACCGGGUGACACUGAUAAAUGAGUCUCCACUCCUCAGCUAUAUGGACUUGGUGGGCUUCAGCUUCCAGGUGGCCAAUGGGAUGGAGUUCCUGGCUUCCAAAAAUUGUGUGCACCGUGACCUGGCUGCCAGGAAUGUCCUCAUCUGUGAGGGGAAGCUGGUGAAGAUCUGUGACUUUGGCCUGGCGAGGGACAUCAUGAGGGAUUCCAACUAUAUCUCCAAAGGCAGUACCUUCUUGCCCCUUAAGUGGAUGGCUCCAGAGAGCAUCUUCAACAACCUCUACACUACCCUGAGCGAUGUGUGGUCUUUUGGGAUUCUGCUUUGGGAGAUAUUCACCCUAGGAGGGACUCCAUACCCUGAGCUGCCCAUGAAUGAACAGUUCUACAACGCCAUCAAACGUGGCUAUCGGAUGUCCAAACCCACCCACGCCUCUGAUGAGAUCUACAGCAUCAUGCAGAAGUGCUGGGAGGAGAAGUUUGAGAUCAGGCCAUCCUUCUCACAGCUGGUGGUGCUUAUGGGAAACCUCCUGGUGGACUGCUACAGGAAGAGGUACCAGCAGGUGGAUGAGGAGUUCAUGAAGAGCGAUCACCCCGCGGUCGUGCGCACCAGACCCGCGGUUCCCGUGCUGAACAACGCCCGCCUGGCUGCCGGCUCCCCCAGCAGCCACAUCCUCUACACAGCCGUGCACCAGCACGGGGGGGAGAACGACUACAUCAUCCCCCUUCCCGACCCCAAACCUGAGGGGAGCUCUGACCUCCCCCAGGAGGCCUCCAUCAGCAGGGCCAGCUCUAUGUUGAACGAGGCCAACACAUCAUCUACAAUAUCCUGUGACAGCCCUCUGGGCCUCCAGCAGGACGAGGAGCAGGAAUCUGACCCACAACCAGGCUGCCAGGAGCCAACCACAGGACACCAAGAAGUGGAGGAGAGUUUCCUGUAG